AGAAAAUACAAUUUCGGUCGUUCUUUGGAAUCUGAAGUCCUGGAGAUUUGUUUGUAAGUAUUGGAUAUUUGGAGGCAGAGUAGACGAGAGACUCGUUUUCUCCAAUACUCUCUGAUCAGAGAAAGAAGAGAGGGGCAAAAGGAAGGUGGUGGUGGUGAUGUCGUGGAUCCGGACAGCAGUGAGCAAAGCAGUAGAAGUUGGAGGGAGGAACCCUCUGACCAGAGUCGUCCGUGACUAUGCCGAUACAGUUGUCCACCAUGCCGGUUAUGCCGUUCUUGAAGGCGCUAGGUUCCUCCAGGGAAAUCGAAACGUGCAAAGCUUUAAGCAAACUGUCAAAAGAUUGGAGGAGCUUUCCGUAUCAUGUAGAGGAGUUGAGAGGGUUCAACUACUAAGGAGAUGGUUGGUCGCGCUUAAAGAAAUCGAGAGAAUCUCUGCUUACGCCGCUGAAAGAGACUGUACAAGUGAUUCGCCUGACCCUGAUGAGUCCAGAGAUUCUCCAAGAAGACCCACUCUGGUAUGUUACUAUGACUCUGACUUAGGGGGUGAACCUCGGAAUUUCCGAGAUGUCUUUCUUCAUAGUCAGGCCCUAGAAGGCAUAACCUUGUCCAUGAUUCUUGAAAGCCCGAGCGAGGAAGAAGUUUCGCUACUCAUUGAACUAUAUAGGCUUUGUCUAAAAGGAGGAGCUGAAGUUGAGAACAGAGUGGCUAAUAGCAUACAGGACUUGGCUAAAGCAUUUACAAACUACCAAGAAGAAGUACUGGUAAAGCGUGAGGAACUACUCCAGUAUGCUCAAGGUGCAAUUGCAGGUCUAAAACUAAAUGCCGAUCUUGCUAGGAUAGAUGCCGAAACCUUCAGCCUGAAGGAAAAGCUUAAUAAAAUUAAUGCGCCACAGCAGCUUCCAAGUGGAGGUCAUGAAAAACCUUCCAAAGAAUCGGGUCUUUCAUCUGUAGAGGCUCUGGAAGCAGAGCAAGCAAAGAUUCAGCUCUGUUCCAUGAUGGAGUUACUAUUACUCAGAAAGAAAGCUUUAAAAGAUGGGGACUCUCUGGAGGUUCACACCGAGAAGGUCCACAAGUUGAAGAUCUUAUCGGAAUCUCUUGCUAGUUCUUCUUCAAAGGCUGAGAAACGCGUUUCCGACCACAGACAUCAGAAGGAGGAAGCACUCAAUUUUCGUAUGGCCAAAACCAAUGAAAUAAACCAAGCAGAGAAGGAAUUGGUGGCAGAAAUGGAAGGGCUCGAGAAGCAAAAGAAAGAACUUGAGGCUGCUUUGAAAAAGGUUAAUUCCUCGCUUGCUGCAGCUCGUCAACGCCUUCAAUAUGCCAAGGAAGAAAGAGAGCAGUUUGAUGAAGCAAGUAAUCAGAUCCUAGUGCACUUCAAGUCGAAGGAAGAUGAGCUUUCAAGAUCGAUUCUUUCAUGUAGAGUGGAAGCCGAUGUUGUCAAUACGUGGAUCAGCUUUCUCGAAGGUAUAUGGAUCCUGCAAACCUCUUGCUUAGAGCAGAAUGAGAAGCAAGUCAGCAACGAACUGGAGAAACACGGGGAAUAUUUUGUGAAUUUGGUCAUUGAACUGCUCUCAUUUUACGAGGUGUUAAAUCUAUUAUCGUUGCUUCUCUUUUCCAGUGUUUAUACAUCUAUAUUCAUUGUUAUUAACAUAUCGAUAUGUCUAAUAGCAAGGUUUGCGUAGCUCGAUGUCUUUGAUCAAAAGACUGGUAGAGGAGUUAGGUUCAUCUCCAAGGCAAGUGCCUUCUGCUUGCCGUGUAUUUAUAUCAGAAAUCUCCUUCUCAAU